AUGAAACUCCUUCUGCCAAUUUUAAUUUGCAUCGUCGCAAUCUUUCUGGCUUAUAGUCCGCUUGCCAUCAAAGACACCUUUACCACCUUUUUCCAGCAAAGACUCCCCACCAGCCUGUCGCAGUUUCUCACAACCUCCGACAGCUCUUUGGAUUCUUCUCUCAACUUGAACUAUCCCGCCCCCGUCAUCCACCCAGUCACCAACAUGAGCGCCGCUCGUGCAAUCCGACAGGUUUUCCUGGCCAUUGAGCAGGCCGAGGGUGCAGGCGCGCGUGUGCGCCGCUCCAUCGGCACGCCCAAGCUGCGCAAUUUUAGCCCGUUCCUCAUGCUCGACCAUUUUACCAUUGGCAAGGGCGCGGGCUUUCCGGACCACCCGCACCGCGGGCAGGAGACCAUCACGUAUCUGCUCUCCGGUGGCGUGGACCACGAAGACUUCGCCGGCAACAAGGGCACCAUUGGACCCGGCGACCUGCAGUUCAUGACGGCCGGCCGCGGCAUCAUGCACGCUGAAAUGCCCCACGAGAACCCCGACGGGAGCCCCAACGUCGGCAUGCAGCUCUGGGUGGACCUGCCCCAAAAGCUGAAGAUGUGCGAGCCCCGCUACCGGGACCUGCGCGCCAGCGAAAUCCCCGUCGCGACCGCCGACGAAGGUCGUGUCACUGUUAAGGUCAUCUCCGGCCAGUCGUACGGUAUCGACUCCGUCCGCGACCUAGCUUAUACCCCGGUCUGGAUCUUGGACGUCACCAUCCGUCCCGGCGGUCGUCUCUCCCAGCCCUUGCCGCAGGGCUGGAACGCCUUUGCCUACACCUUGUCCGGCAACACGAUCUUUGGCUCGAACGACGCGACCCAGACGGUGAAGGAGUUCCACAAUGUGGUCUUCGAGCAGUCCGGGGACUUUGUCGAGGCCUCGGUUCCCGAGAAUGCUGAUACAGAGGCUCGCUUCAUGAUUGUUGCUGGCCAACCGUUGGACCAGAAGGUGGUGCAGUAUGGUCCUUUUGUGCUCAACAGCCAGGAGGAAGUCUAUCAGGCCAUGGUGGAUUUCCAGACCGCAUCCAACGGGUUUGAAAAGUCGCGGAACUGGCAGAGUGAGAUCGGCAAGCGUAUGGCUUAUUAG